CCCUCGGACACAGCGGAUCACGGAAAGAGCUGAAGAUGUCAGCUCGGUCAUGUGAUCAGCUGUGUCCAAUCACAGCUAAUCACAUGGGACAUGUACACUGAUCAUCAGGGCACUAAUAAUCAGUGUGCCCUGAUGAUCAGUGUGGCCCCAAAAGUGCCACCUGUCAGUGUCCAUGAGUGCCAACAGUCAGUGCUCAUCAGUGCCACGUGCCAGUGCCACAUCAAUCCCACAUAUCAGUGCAUACCAGUGCACAUCAAUGCCACAUAUCAGUGCCCAUCUGAGUUGUCUUUCAAUGUCAGUGCCAGUCAGUGCCACCUAUCAAUUCCAAUCAGUGCCACCUAUCAGUGCUGCCAAUCAGUGCCACCUAUCAGUGCCAGUCAGUGUCGCCUUUCAGUGCGCAUCAGUGCCGCCUAUCAGUGCCAGUCAGUGCCGCCUAUCAGUGCCAGUCAGUGCCACCUACCAGUGCCAGUCAGUGCUGCCUAACAGUGCCAGUCAGUGCUGCCUAUCAGUGCCGCCUAUCAGUGCCAUAUAUCAGUGUCAUGUAUCAAUGCUGCCUUUCAGUGCCCAUCAGUGAUGCCUGUCAAUGCCCAUCAGUGCAACCUACCAGUGCCUCCUCAUCAGUG